AUGGGAUUGACAACGCCCUCCUCCGUCUCACACGAUCUGGUGGUGGAGGAGGAGGCAGAGGAGGCGGAGGAGGAGGAGGAGGAGGCAGAGAUGCUGCUCGCUUGCGUGGGCGUGGGUGUUGGCGCACGUGCGCACACAAUCCAGGUUGUUUGCCGCUUGCUUGCUUGCUUGCCUGUGUGGGUGUUAGUGUCGGCGGCAGCGGCGGGAUACAUCAAAGCCGGACAGCCAAUGGACAGCAGAGACGUCCGCCUCGUUCUCGUUCUCUCGCCAGCAGCAGUGAUGGCGGUAGCGGCGAUGGCGACAGCACAGCGCUCUCCGCUCACGCAUCGGUCGGUCGGCCAGUCACUCCGCUCGAGCUGCGUCUUUCUGCGUCACGUCUUGAUCACGUGCGGACUAGCACCAUCCCGAUAA